AUGGGCUGGGCUGUGCUUACUUGCCAGAUGGGAUUAAAACACAUCGACAUCAGUCCUUCUGGUGCCCAAUGUGGUGGGACUGGCUUUGUGGGCAGAGCCCUGACCCAGCUGCUGCGGAGCCGUGGGCAUGAAGUGACCCACGUCUCUCGAGAGGGGGGCAAGGAUCGGAUUAGCUGGGAAGAGUUGUCCCACUCUGGACUACCUCUGUGCGAUGCCGUGGUGAAUUUGGCUGGCGAAAAUGUACUCAACCCUUUCCGAAGAUGGAGUGAUGCCUUCUGCAGGGAAGUCAUCAGCAGCCGGGUUGAGACCACCAAGAUCUUGGCCAAAGCCAUUGCUGAUGCUGAACAGCCACCCCGUGCUUGGGUCCUCGUCACCGGCGUAGGCUAUUACCGCCCUAGCCCCACAGCUGAGUAUACAGAAGACAGUACGGGGGGGGAUUUUGACUUCUUCUCACGCCUGGUGAGCUCAUGGGAGGCUGCAGCUCUCAUUCCUGGUAGCCCAGCUCGUGGUGUUGUGGUGAGAUCUGGGGUAGUGUUGGGCCGAGGUGGUGGUGCAAUCUCUCAAAUGCUCUUGCCGUUCCGUCUGGGACUAGGAGGCCCCUUGGGCUCUGGGCUCCAGCCCUUCCCAUGGAUCCACAUUCGGGACUUGGCUGGGAUCGUGUGUCAUGCCCUGGAGACUGAGUGCGUGCAAGGCAUCCUCAAUGGUGUCUCCCCAUCCUCCCCUGCUACUUCCAACGGCACCUUUGCUCAGGAGCUUGCUGCAGCUCUAGGGCGCCCAGCCCUGCUGCCGGUGCCUGCUUGGGCUGUGCGGGCUGUCUUUGGGGCAGAGCGGGCCGUCAUGCUGCUGGAGGGCCAGAGGGUGGUGCCGAAACAUACCCUGGAGAGCGGCUAUCAUUUCAUCUUCCCUGACCUGUCUGGAGCUCUGAAGGACAUAGUGGCUUGA